UUUUUCACAAGUGAAACCAUCUUACUCACAGGAGAGCAGCUCUGCUGUCCACUUCAGCCAGUAUGGACGAAGCGGUGGACACCACGGAAGAGUUAGAGUUGUGUAGCCACUGAUUGUCAACAAAUGCUGCUUCUUUAAUGUUCCUCUAAUGUCCAACCACAGCAAUAAAGAGGUGGCCAAGGUCAACUAUUCCAUGCAUGAAGCUCACUGCAAGCGGUUUCUCUGUCUGUGCCCUGACUGUGGUGAUUCAGUACCUAAGGAACAACUCGAGGAACAUAGAGAGGAACAACACACUGUGGUGAGGUGUCAGAAGUGUGAUGAGAAGAUGCAACGAUGCAAGCUUCCAGACCAUGAGAAAGAUGAAUGCAGUGAGAGGCCUCAGAGCUGUGAGUUCUGUAACCUGGAGCUUCCUCUGAGUGCUCUGAAUGAGCACACUGAGACCUGUGGGAGUCGGACAGAGCGUUGCCCGGACUGUAAGCAGUACGUCAUGCUGAAAGACCGGACACGCCAUGACCAGAUCUGCUCCUCUGCACUAUCUAAGGAUGACGGCUCUAACAAUGAUGACUCCAUUUAUGAAGAUAGGAGUGUGCCAGCAGAUAAUCUGCAAGACGAUCAGAAGUUUGGUGGCUAUUUAUCAUACAAUCAGAGUGGUCUGUAUGUUGACCUGAGUCAAGCCGGUGUGUCUGAAGAGCCUGAAGAACCUCCAGACCUGAAUUUCUCAUUCCUAACCCAGCAAAAGAAGGACAGUGGGGCUGCUGGAUUUGGAGAUUGGGAUCAGAUUAGUACCUGUCCACACUGUCACCUGGCACUUCCACUUCGGACACUGGAAUGGCACGAGAAAAAAUGUAAGAUUUUUGAAAUUCUGAAGCUGAUCACCUGAAAAUGAACUGAAAUAAUCGCCAGUGAAAAUGAACACGAUGUCUCUCCAAAAGCACAGGACAGCAACCUGACAACUCAUAAUGGAGCUGGUUUUGGUGAAUGAAGUAGUUAUAAUGCACUCUACUUCAAUAUCUGUAAAACCUAACAAAUAUAUAGUAUAGAGAGAUGAAACAGGCACUUUUUUAAAAUUUGACAUAACAGAAUUUUAGAUGAUUAUUGUGAAUUAUUGAGAGCUGCUUUCUACACUUUAAAAAUAUCAAGAUGAAUGGACAUUGAUGGUGAACAUAUGUGCCUUCUUAUGCAAAAUGGCUAUUUUGUAGAUACAUGUUUUUUUACUACACAGUGUUUAUAUAGAAAAUUAAAUGGGGCCUCAAAUGUUUAAUAGCCUAGGGCCACUAAAGUCAUAAACUUUUAUUCAAAGUUGUUCUGGACCAUUUCUGUUCAUCCAUUUGUCUUGAAAUUUUGACACAAUGUAAGAGAAAGCUGUCAUUUUCAAAUAAAAAAAUGAAUCUGUCACUGCAGAACCCCACCCCGCAAAAAAUACUCCCUGAACCAGUCCAACAGUAAAUACACUAUUAAGAAGCCGAUGUGGAUUGAAUGAUCUGUUCUGUAAUGUUCUCAAUCAUGUUUGGUCGCACAUGCAAUAAAUGAAGAAACAAUGCACGUAUACCCACCCAGUCGAGCAACCAGGCUACUGUCGCUGUCAGAACAACACCUUGCGUUUCCAUUUUCUAUUUUUACGUUUU